CGUGACCCCGAGUCUCACCCCGAGCGGCGCGGCGGCCAUGGCGGGAAGGGAGCCCCGCGGGUGCGGCUCCCCGCCGCCGCCCCACAGCGACUGGGGCCGCCUGGAGGCGGCCAUCCUCAGCGGCUGGAGGAGCUUCUGGCAGUCGGUGGGCAAGGACCGCGCGGCGCCCCGCGCCUCCCGCGAGGAGGCAGAGGCGGGGCCCGGCACCCUGGCGCGGCUGCCGAUUGACGUGCAGCUCUAUAUUUUGUCAUUUCUCUCACCUCACGAUCUGUGUCAGUUGGGAAGUACAAGUCACUACUGGAACGAGACUGUUCGAGACCCGAUUCUGUGGAGGUAUUUUCUGCUGCGGGACCUUCCUUCGUGGUCUUCCGUGGACUGGAAGUCUCUCCCCGACCUGGACAUCUUAAAAAAGCCUGUAUCUGAAGUCACAGGUGGUGCAUUUUUUGACUACAUGGCAGUCUACAAAAUGUGCUGUCCGUAUACAAGAAGAUCCUCGAAAGCUUGCCGUCCUAUGUAUGGAGCAGUGACCUCAUUUUUCCACUCAUUGAUUAUUCAGAAUGAACCCCGAUUUGCUAUGUUUGGACCAGGUUUGGAAGAACUGAAUACAUCUUUGGUGUUGAGCUUGAUGUCUUCUGAGGAACUUUGCCCAACAGCUGGUUUGCCUCAGAGGCAAAUUGAUGGUAUUGGAUCAGGGGUCAAUUUUCAGUUGAGCAACCAACAUAAGUUCAACAUCCUGAUAUUAUAUUCAACUACCAGAAAGGAAAGAGAUAGAGCAAGAGAAGAGCAAACAAGUGCAGUUAACAAGAUGUUCAGUUUACAGAAUGAAGGGGAUGAUCAACAAGGAAGCCGGUACAGUGUCAUUCCACAAAUUCAGAAGGUGUGUGAAGUUGUUGAUGGGUUCAUCUAUGUUGCAAAUGCUGAAGCUCAGAAAAGACAUGAAUGGCAAGAUGAAUUUUCUCGUAUCAUGGCAAUGACAGACCCGGCCUUUGGAUCUUCAGGAAGACCAAUGCUGGUUUUAUCUUGUAUUUCUCAGGCAAAUGUGAAAAGAAUGCCCUGUUUUUAUGUGGCGCAUGAGCUGGGUCUGAAUCAUCUAAACCACCCAUGGAUGGUAAGGUCCUAUCUUCUCUGGUGCAGGACACAGAGGCUGAAACUCUGACGGGGUUUUUGAAUGGCAUUCAUUGGAUUCUUGAAGAAGUCGAAUCUAAGCAUGCGAGAUGAUCCUUGUUUUAGACCUUGGGAACUGAAACCAUUUGAAACUUGUUGCUGAGGUCAUGGUGUGAAUAUUUGCUCUGUCAGCUCAUUUUGUCCUGCCUUUGUGCAGAUGGGCUUUAUAUUGGACAGCUGAAGCUGUCGUAUUUUUAAUAUAAUUUUUGCUUUUUACCUUAAAUCAAUUAUAAGAAAAAGUUAAUUAUAAGUGCAAGCAUUUAGCCCCAAAAUAAACCUUGUAAAAAUUUUUUUUUGAUAAUUUUUAUACUUUCUGUCUUCUUAAAAAUAUUAAAUUCUGGAAAAAAACAAGUUUGUGCAUUUCUCA